AUGGACGCUCUAUCUGUGCGUCAGCAGCAGAGUCAUGUGCAUCAGGCCGACAACCUAGUGCCGACGCGCACGGCUGUGCUGCACCUCCGCCCCGCUCCGACCGCGGAGGAGGCAGAGCGGGCGCAGCGGCAGCAUGACAUGCGUGUUACGUGGAGCCCGGACGUGCACGAGCCUGUCAACCAACAGGUAAGCAAGUGUUGCUGCGUUUUCCAUAAGAAGAAGCUCUUUGGAGAGAGUAGCAGCGACAGCAGUUCAAGCAGCACCGACAGCAGCGACGACGAAGCCGAUAGCGAGGAUGCUGGCACCACCGGUGCCGGCGGCAACAACACGGGGUGUGUGGGCCACCAGAGAGGGUGCGAGCAUGACUGCCAGCACGCUCACCAUCACCCGGCACGCAAGCAGCGCCCCAAGUGCACGAGGGAGCACUGUUAUUGUGGUACUCGUUUCCAUUAA